CCCACCCGGCAGGGCACCCGCCAGCCAUCCCCUUCCUCCAGCUAUUAGUACCCGCCACGCCAUCGUCCCCGCUUCGCCGCCCCCGCCCCGCCUGCCUCUCCGGACUCCCACUCUCCAUCCAAAGCCACCUUUCUUUCUUUCUACACCCGAAAACCCAACUACCUGCACCGAGCCCAGCCACGACGGCUCGGCGCACUCCACCGUCGACGCCUCCUCCUCCUCCUCCUCCGGAGCAGUGAAGCUACUACACUAGGCAGGCACGCCAUGGGCCCCGCGCCGAGGGAGCCCAUGAAGCAGCGAGUGAACCGCUGCCUGCUACGUCUCUCGGACCGUGACACGGAGGCGAUGGCCGCUGCCGAGCUGGACGCGAUCGCGCGGGAGCUCGACGCCGACGAGCUGCCCGUCUUCGUGGCGGCCGUCUCCGACGCGCGGCCCACCGACCGGACGCCGCUGCGCAGGCACUCGCUGCGCCUGCUGGCGCUCGUGGCGGGCGAGCACCCGCGUGGCGCCGUGGCGCCGCUCGUCCCGCGGCUCCUGGCCGCCGCGCUGCGCCGCGUCAGGGACCCGGACUCCUCCGUGCGCGCCGCGCUCGUCGACGCGGCGCGCGCCGCUGCGGGCGCCGCGGCGUCGCCGCCGGCCGCGCUGGCGCCGCUCGCCGACGCGCUGCUCCACGAGCAGGACCAGUGCGCGCAGCUCGCCGCCGCGCUGGCCGCCGCGGCGGCCGUCGAGGCCUCCGAGCCCACCGACGACCUCGCCGCCUACCUCCGCGCGCUCCUCCCGCGCCUCUACAAGCUCCUCCGCAGCGCCGCGUUCAAGGCCAAGCCCGCGCUCAUCUCCCUCAUCGGCACCGCCUCGGCUGCCUCCGGUGGGGGAGCCGCCUCCGCCGCCGUGCCUUGCCUCCGCGACGCGCUCGCUGGCGAUGAUUGGGCCGCCAGGAAGGCUGCCGCCGAGGCGCUCGCUUUGUUGGCCCUCGAGCACGGAGACGACCUCGCUUCGCACAAAUCUUCCUGCAUUACCGUCUUCGAAGCCAAGAGAUUCGAUAAGGUGAAAAUAGUGCGCGAGUCCAUGAACCGGAUGAUCGAAGCAUGGAAGGAGAUCCCAGAUUUGGAUGAGGACGUCUCCUCCUUCGACGCCCCACCAUCGUCCCAGUCUAAAUCUUCUCUCACAGAGACUGCAAGUGAUGGCCGAUACCCCGCCGAUUCCUUGGGCUCCACCUCUACUACCCCUUCAAUUACAAGGAGGAACUCAUGGCCGACUAACAGGCAGCCCCAACCGGAUGCAUCGCACAAUGCCAUCAACAGAAAAGGCAGCCCUCCUUCCAUCGUAAGCAAGAAAAAUCUGCCCCCUUCGCGCCGCAACACAGACCAGUCCAAGAAAUUUGAGGACAGGGUUGAAGUUACCGUCGCUCCUGAUGCUACGCCAAUCAAAAUGGUGACCGAGGAGAAGCUCCUGAAAGAGGGCAGCAGUGUUAGAGAGAGGCUUGAAGCACGGAGGGUGCUGUUUCAGAAGACUGGUGAGAAAGGUUACAAGAAGUUGGCUGGUCCCAAGUCAGGAUCCAGAGUUGUUCCAUACAGUGGGGAUGGUGACUUAGAAGAGGAGACGGCUGAGACUGAGGACGCGCCUGAGGAAUUUCAGUCAGCUCACAAAGAUGAGGACCUGUCGAAGAUCAGGAUGCAGCUGGUUCAGAUUGAGAAUCAGCAGGCCAGUUUGCUUAAUCUUCUCCAGAAAUUCAUGGGGAGCUCCCAGAACGGGAUACGUUCCUUGGAAACAAGGGUGAAUGGGCUGGAGAUGGUAUUGGAUGAGAUAUCCCGUGAUUUGGCUGCUUGCUCAGGAAGGAUUCCAAACAGCGAACCUGACACCAACGCAUGCUGCAUUCUGAGCCCAAAGUUCUGGAGAAGACAUGAUGGAAGUAGAUACAGUUCCAGGUACUCUGCAUCGGAUGCACCAAAUUACUCUGAGGAGAGCAAAAGUUCUUACAAGUGGGACAGGCAGAAGUUCGGAGUUCAUGGCGGUUUUGUCACCAAUCCUUUAGCAGAGGCAAAUGAUUCAUCUGUAAGGAGCAUAGCUGUUGCCCAGGAAGGGAGGAGAAGAGACUCGGCUCAAUACAGAUCAAGGUAAGGUUGAGUUAGGUGUGGCACUGUUCAUGUGAAGUGAGAACUACUUGCUUUAGCAAGGCGGAGCGUUUGAAGAUCCCACUGUUGGUGCAUUUUCGAACAUCUUUUCUUAGAGCUGAGAUCAUACGAAUUAUGAGGUUUUAUUCAUGAAUUGUCCAGGGUUCAGACCCUGAUAUACAAGCCUAAACUCUAAAGCAAGAACCCUCACCGCUGGCUCGGUAAUCAUACGAUAUGAUGGACAUGGAUUGCUGGUGGACAUUCGCUGAGGGUAUAAUGCAUAUGUAGAGUUUAGCAAUGAGAAAAUUUGGGGAUCGACUCUCUAUGUUCAGUCAGUCAUGGGUGCACUUUGUACUGCUUGUAAAUAGUUUCGAUACAGUGAUUCAUGUGCUCGCAAGUCGCAAGGUGUCACGAAAUUUCCUUGGGUGUGCUGAGAUCAUGAAAGCAGGUAAAAGGUUCAAAGCCGUCGACAAACGUGUACGGCAGGUGGCAAUACUUCACUAAUUUCUUUAUGGCA